AUGCGUGGAAGACGGGCAACUUCUUCGCGCCUUCUCGCUCGACCUUUUCCCGCACGGCCUCUCACUCCCGCUGCUGUGUUUCCUUCAGUCGCUCUCUCGGGCGGCGCGGGCGGUUCGGACGCUGCCAAAUCCAUUAGCCCCGCGCAGCCGACCCUAGCGCCCGGCGUUCCCCCCCAGGCGGGAGACGCUACUAGCGGCGAUGCAAGCUCGGCGAUGGUUCCCGGCCUUCCGCAAAUUGACUUGCUGCUGCCAGGCGUUCCCGACCUGCCCAUUCCUAAAAUUCCCAGCAGGCCGGACGGGUUGAAUGGGACAAUGCCUGCGGACAACAUGACACUUGCCACGCCCGAUUUCAACAUGACCAUGCCCAACAUGACCAUGCCUGGCAUCAAUAUCACCACGCCCGACUUCAACUGGACCUUUCCCAAUCUAAGCACGUCCAUGCCAAACGUGAACCCAGUGACUUUCAACCUGCUUCUCGCCGCAUUGAGCGCCGUGUUUUCCGGCGACGGGACGCCCGCGUCGCUGGCGGCGCUGGCCAAGGAGCGGCCCGAGGCGCUGCAGGCUCUGUGGGACCUCCUCGCGCACUACGUGGCGACCAUGGCGGUGCUCAACGUGGCGGCCAUUGCGGCGCAGUUCUCAGCGGCGGGGGAUGCGGGCAACCUGACGACGGUGAACGGGCGGGGGCUGUGGAUCAACUUCAACACGAGCGAGCCCGCCGCGCUGCUCAACGUGUAG